AUGCGGCGGACUACGGAGGGCGAUCUGAAGGAGGCCGAGAGCGCGACCAACGAGAACACCAAGGACAACCACAUGGGGGACUACCACAAGUUCAGAGCGAGGAGGACCAGAUGGGGGGCUCACCAGGACAGCCGAGCCACAUGGGCCCUCAACCUCCGCUACAACCAGAACCGCUUCCCCAGCACGGGGGGCCCCUUAUGGGGGGCACCGCUGUGCAGCCAGAAGCCGUUGACAGGGAUGACUGGGAGGCUUGGGGUGGUUGGUGGGAACGACUACGUGGACCUAGCCACGGACGAGACGACCACCAUGGGGGGGACCACGGGCGCGAUCCACUCCUACCUGUACAUGCUGAUCAUCGACAACAAGGAGGACAGGGUGACGGGCGUGAUCGACGGCUACCAGAACGAGAGGUGCCACCGGACCAAGAAAUGCCAACAGAAGGGGGACAGCCGCAACCACACGAACAUGGACAUGGAGCAGCGCAGGAACAAGCCGAAGGGCAGUUUCGACCUCUACCUGCGCAACCCGGAGAGCGACGUGGAGCUGAAGAAGAAGACGGGCACGACCCACCCCUACCCGAGCAAGGAGCCCCCCAGGAGGGGGGGACCGCCCAAGGAGGAAGCUCUGAGUACAGAGAUGCGCCCCGAUGGGGGGACGACCAAUGGACGGUCAGAGAGUGGAGGUCGACCAGAUGGAGGUGGUGGAACUACCCGCGCGAUCGACCUGAAGCCUCAUGGUUUCAAGUGCAACUUCGAGACUGGCGGGCUGCAAGGCAGGAGCGAGCUGAAGAGCAGCAAGGGUGACGACGACACCGACCAGUCCAACGACCCGGCACUCCAUGCCUGGAACCCCGGAGACCGCGCGCCAGACGCCGACAUGGAAGAGCCGGCCCAGGCUCAAAGCUAUGAUGCGGCAGCCCAUGCAUGGAACCCUGGGCCUACGCAGGGCCCGCUGGCGCAAGAAGCGCCCGGCAACCACCAGUGGGGCGACAAUGUGGAUGAGGACACAGUGAGCCAAGAAGCCAAAGCACGAGCGUGGGAACAAUACCUACAAGAACGGAGGCGGCAAGCUACAAGUGGAGAGCCUGCUCCACAGAUGCCUCCUUGGUUUGGAGAGGAGGGAAAAAAGGCGAGCAAGCCGGUGGACAUUGGACCGCCGGGCUAUCCGCCUACUGAUCGACGGCGAGUCCGCUACCUGAACAAGGGGGCCAUGGAGGAGAUUCGCAACCGGCCCUACUUGGAAAAGUGGCAAAAUGAGCGACGCCGCUAUGAGCAGAGGGACGAGCCUAAGAAAGGCACGACGGGGGACAGGGACCAGUGCGGCAAGAACGCAAAGCUCGCCAGUGAGCUUUGGCACACGGAAUGGAGCGAACUGGUCCACCGUAGUGGCAGCACUCCGACGCCGGGGACGGGUGAGGAAUGGAGUGCCAUGCUCAACCGCCAUCGGCACCGGCCAAGACCUUUGCAUGAUGGAGAAGAACAGCGAGACCCGGAACAACGUGACCCCCACGAGCCGGACCAUCCUGAACAACCGCAAGCGGACCAGCCUGAUGGGCGAGGCCAACAGCCGGAACAAUGCCAGCAAGCGGGACAAACAGAGGGGCCCAACAACGUAGUGAACGUGGACACGCCGCCGGACCUGGUGGAGGAGGCGGAGGAUAUCAUUGAUGCCCUGCUGGACAGCCUGGAGCACCAGCCUACACAACAUGAACGGCAACACCAAGAAGACAGACACGCGGCCAGCGAACACAAGGACGACAAGGAGGACCAGGCUCUGCUUCAAUGUGGGCUUGUGGGCCGCCGCCCACCAGACACGGGGAACACCAUGAACGACUACGCUGACGACCUGCUCGACGAUGACGACCCGCCCAUGAGCACAAGGAAAAAGAGGAAGAGAGGAGAUGGGGACCCAGAAAACCACACCGACUACACCGACCUCGCCGAGAACGCGCAAGGGAGUGGGGGACCUCCUGAAGGCGAAGAACGCAAUCAUGGAGGACCACAGACCGGAGAAGGCGAGGGUGAGGCAGCGGAGACCCACGCCUGUAACGCGGACUGCGACCUGGAAGAGCAACAAAGGGUCGAAAGGGAGCUGGAAGAGGAGCGUGCACUGCAAGAAGAAUGGGAACAAGACCGAGCCCUACAUGAAGAAUGGGUGCAGAAAACCAUCGACGAGUACCUCACGGAAGAAGAUGAUCGGGGGGCCAAUCGACCGCCGGAGGGGACCACCCAGAUGCAGACACACCAGCAGCAUCACCACGUGGCUGCGGUUACGAUGGCUCUCAACCGAUGGAUGGUAGGGGCCACAGCGACCGGCGGCAUGGAGAUCGAAGUGGACAGUGUGGUGGAAGUGCUCACGCACGUGCUCAACCUGAACCAGCUGCUCCUCGAGGAAGAGGGCGAGCCGACGUUGCGCCUCACCGUCCUCUACCAGAUCAUGUCCAGAUGGCGACAAGAGCGCGCUUGGCGCAAAAAGGUCGAGAUAGAAACGAUGGGGAGGAUCUGGCAGGGAUACCUGGAGGCCCUCCAUUCCAAGGGGGCCCGGUGGGAAGGGGCCAAGCUGAUGGAGCACAACACGGAGGAUGUGGAGGACCCGAGCCAAGCCGCGACAAGUGGGGGAGCGAACCUGGAGGGAGAGCAGACCCUAGUCGACCCCGCACAACCUGCCGGAGACGCCACAACGUCUUGGGGGGGUCUGGACGGAGCCGGCCGAAAGACCAACAAUGCCAGGGGGGCCGUGGCCGGUGAGGGCCCCAGGCUACUGGAAAAGACCGUGGCCCAACUGCCUCCUACGCCCAUG